AAAAUUCAAGGAAGUAACUAUCGUUUAAUUUUCCACCACAGUUGGAAACGGCAUGAAGAGUGGGGCCUUGAAGUUGUUUCUGAUUCGCAGGAAUACAAAAAAAUUCGUAGGAUACGAAACUUCGCUCAUCGGUGUUAUUUGUUUAGGCUGACUGUUUCAACUCAAUUCUUUUCGUUUUCACAAGUCUUCAUGAAAAAAAUCCAAGUCAACUGCCGUGUUCACUUUCACCCUGACUUACGUUGCGAGCGAAUAAAUUUAUUGAAUUUAGACAACCGCAGCAGAAUUUGAUUUCUCUAUUCUUCUUCUUCUUCUUUCUGUUCGUUGUUGAGUUAGGCUGGCAUGGUUUUCUCCCGUAGGGCUGCUUCCAGUUUAGUUGUUUAUGUCUUUCUGUUUCAUCUAUAUAUCCUUCACUUGGUUGAUUCUCAAUGCCCAAGGCAGUUCCAGUGUGGAAAUCUUGGCAAUUUGGAGUUUCCUCUGGCCAAUUCUCCGGGAUGUGGAUUGUUACCGGUUGACUGCGGUGCUCAGCCGAAUCCAAUAAUUCACCUGGAUUAUUAUCCGUUUUCACCAUCCUAUGAGAUUCUGAAAAAGUCAUCUCCCAAUGAAUUAUUUAUUCGAAGUACAUUUCUUGAACGUGUUUUACAUAAUAAUAAGGAAAUAUGCAAAUUAUUUUUUCAUCUCCCUAUGCCACCUUCUCCUUCUAUUUCGAUUUCAUUGUUCCCCAAUAUCACUCUGUUUAAAUGCCUCAAAGACUGGAACUACGACAACGAGGUACCUAAUUUCCAAGAAAUUUAUGGAAACUACGAUGGUUGUGAUUUCUUCGAUAUUUACUACCCCAAGUCGAAUGGAAGUCUUUCGCCCCCCAAAGACUGUUCAGUUCUUCCCUUGCCAGGCAAUUUACAAUAUAACUCAGAUUCAAUGGACUUGUUCCAACGGUUAGGCUCUGAUUGUCUUCUAAAAUGGAAUGUGUCUGAUGAUUGUCGUAAUUGCCACAGAAAAGGAGGAAAUUGCACAACUAACAUGAAGAAUGAAUUUCGAUGUGAUAAAGCUGCAGGAAUGAUUAAAUUGAAACUGAUUAUACUUGCAGGUGUUUCAGCUACAGCGGUAGUCCUUAUCUCCAUAAUCUUGUUCACUUUUGGUAGGAAGAAAUACAUGCUGAAUUUGAAGGGAAAAACUCAAAACCAUAAGGACAUUGAACUCUUCCUGAAGAACAAUGAGAAGCUUACACCAAGAAGACACAACUAUUCUGAUCUUAAGAAAAUGACUAACUCAUUCAGUGACGACUUAGGGGAAGGCGGCUUUGCUAAUGUGUAUAGAGGAAAGUUACCUAAUGGCUGUCUUGUAGCAGUAAAGAUUUUGAAAGAAUUGAAAGGCAAUGGAGAAGAAUUUAUCAAUGAGGUUGCAAGUAUCAGUAGAACUUCCCACGUCAAUGUUGUCACUCUUCUGGGAUUUUGCUUUGAGGGUUCCAAAAGAGCUCUCAUUUAUGAGUUCAUGCCCAAUGGAUCUCUUGAGAAGUUCAUAUGCAGCAAUAUCUCCAAAGCAGAACGUCGAUUAGGAUGGGAAAAAAUGUUUCAAAUUGUAGUUGGCAUUGCCCAUGGAAUAGAAUACUUACACAAAGGAUGUAAUACACGGAUUCUGCACUUCGACAUAAAGCCUCAUAACAUUCUUCUUGAUAAAGACUUCAUCCCUAAGAUAUCGGAUUUUGGCUUGGCUAAACUUUGCCCCAACAGAUCCAGUAUAGUGUCAAUGCUAGGGACUAGAGGAACAAUAGGAUAUAUUGCUCCAGAAAUAAUUUAUAGAAAUGUUGGAGACAUUUCUUACAAGUCAGAUGUCUAUAGCUAUGGUAUGAUGGUUUUGGAAAUUGUUGGAGAGACAAAAAAUACUAAUGUUAGAGUUGAUCGUUCAAGUGAAAAAUAUUUUCCUGAUUGGAUCUAUGAGCACCUCGAACAAAAUUUUGAACUUGAUUUUAACCGAGUUGUAAACGAAGAUGAAGUUUUGAAAAGGAAAAUGGUAAUAGUUGGCUUAUGGUGCAUACAAACUGAUCCCACAACUAGACCAUCAAUGAGCAGGGUUAUAGAAAUGUUAGAAGGGAACGUGGAAUCUCUUCAAAUCCCACCAAAACCCUACUUACAGCCAAGAGCAGCAGAAAAUUUUUCAACUAUUGAGUCGUCAGUCACUCUCUUCUAAGUUCAUGAAGUUUAGCUUCCUGGAAUCCCAUGGUGUUUAGUAGCUCCUAGUCACCAAGCUAUAUAGGCAGUUACCUAUGUUGUUUUUGCUAUUGUAAUUUUUAUGC